UGUCAAUGGCCGAUGGCAUACAAAUAGGAGAAACGGCCACGCAAACCGACCAGAGGAGAGUCGGCAAUGGCAGCACGACGACCACCGUCAUGCCCUGCUCCUCCAGUUCCAGUUGCAAGCCCAGGCCUCCGCCUCUAGCUCCCACCGUAGCCGCCCUCUCGGCGCUCCUCGCCCGCUGCGCCUCCCUCACCGCCGCCGCGGCGCUCCACGCCCGCCUCCUGAGGUCCUCGCGCCUCUUCCGUACACCCUUCCUCGCCAACUGCCUCGCCGCCGCCUACUCCCGCCUCGGCGCCGCCCCUUCCGCCGUCGCCCUUCUAGUCCACGCGCCCGGCGCCGAGGCCAACCGCUUCUCGCACAACAUCCUCCUCGCCGCGCUGCUCAAGUGCCGCGACCUCCCGGCGGCGUGCAGGCUGUUUGACGGAAUGCCUCACAGGGACACCGUCGCUUACAAUUCCAUGAUCUCUGGCUACGUCGACGGCGGACGUCCGGACGAGGCGUUCAGGCUUGUGCGCAGGAUGAUGGAGCUAGGCGUCAGGCCUAGCGGCUUCACCUUCUCCAUCGUUUCAUCGGCUGUCUGCUCUGCUCCUCACGGGGUGCAGGUCCAUGCAGCUGCUGUUCGUAGCGGCUCUGCUAAUCACAACACUGUCGUUGGUAACACGCUAGUUGAUAUGUAUCGGCGUGUCGGCCUCUUGAAGUACGCGGUGCGCGUGCUUUGGAGUAUGGAGGAGCAGGACAUUGUUUCUAUGAAUUCUGUCAUGUCGGUGUACAAGGAUGGUGGCCAGAGCCAUGGGGUGUUCGAGUGUUUCCGGUUGAUUAGGAGUCACUGGUUUAUGGUUGACGAGUACAGUGUCUCAAUUGUUCUCAGCACGUGCACAGAUGCCGAGGAUUUUGCUAAGGGUGACCAGCUCUUGGUCCUUUGCAUCAAAAUGGGACUCCUAUCAAAUUCUGUCAUUUGUAGUGCUGUUAUUGGCCUGUUGUCUGUGUCUGACAGACUGGCUGAUGCUGUUUGGCUUUUUGAGGGUGUGGCAAAAUGGGACUCAGAAACGUGUAAUGCAAUGAUAUCAGGUUUUGCCAGGAGUGGGAUAAUGGAGCAAGCUCUGGGCCUCUUUGCAAUGGCACUGCGAAAUGGUAUUCUUCCAACUGAGUUCACUUUUGCAAGUGUGCUGAGAUGGAGCUCGUGUUUUGGUUUGAUGGAACAGGGCACUCAAAUUCAUGCGCUGAUUUUUAAAUGUGGGUUUGAGGAUGAUAUAAUUGUUGCCACUGCUCUUGUUGACAUGUAUUUUAAAUUAGGUUCUUUGAAGCAUGCCAGGAGACUCUUCAGUAAUGUUUGUGCCAAGGAUUUGGUAUUAUGGAAUACGAUGAUCAUUGGGUUAUCGCAUAAUGGAAGAGGUAAAGAAGCUCUUCAAGUGUUUUGGUCGAUGCUGAAGUGUGGUAUCCAACCAGAUAGAAUUACUCUUUUUGCUGCUCUAUCUGCUUGUAGCUUGCUAGGUCUGGUUAAUGAAGGAAUGAAUAUAAUUUCCUUGUUUAAAGCCAAUUACCAUGUCGUUCCUGGUCUAGAACACUAUACAUGUGUGGUUGACCUGUUAAGCUGCGCAGGAAUGUUUAGAGAGGCAGUAGAUUUAGUGGACGACAAGUUGCAGAAGUGCAAUACUGCUGUUCUCUCCAAUAUUCUUGAAUCUUGUGUGAUUCAAGGAGACAUUGCCAUGGCAGAGUCAGUCGCAGAAAAGAUGAUGAAACUGAAGCCUCUGUCCUCACUUCCAUACAUUGUUUUGGCUCAAAAAUAUGGCGGCAGAUGUAAGUGGGAAAGCGUGGCCAGGAUGUGGAGGUUAAUGGAAGAUCAAGGAGCAAAGAAGGUUCAGGGAUGUAGCUGGCUCUGCAUCAAGAGUGAAAUUCAUGUAUUUACAUCUGAACAAGUAGUGCAUCUUGGAGGAGAAGCUACGUAUGCUGUGUUAGAUCUAUUGUUCUGGGAAAUGAUGGAUAACAGAUCUGCUCCUGGGUGCGUUAACAAGACAGAGGGAUUUGCCUGCACUCAGCUGCUCUUACAUUGCACUCUGUGAGCUGUGCAACUAGCGUAAUUAUUGAACCAGGACCAUCCCACAAGGUCACAACAGUCAACAUCAUGUAUUAGUCACCUAUACUAGACAAUACGGCAGGUAUCGACAAGGUACAGAGAAUUAAACAGGCAAAGCAUUAUGCACACAAAAAGAAAUUGCCCUGAGGAGAUUCCUCCUUGUAUUUUGUUCUUCCUCCACUGGAGGGGUAGAAAUAGACCGUCCAAAGUUGUAGAUGGAAAAGGAGAGGCUGGGAAAGCCCAUCACGAAGGUCCGUAUUAUUUACCAAAAUUCUUUUGGGGACAAGACAAGUGUCUUCCCAUCAAUAAUUGUGAAGGAGAAUUAAUUAAUGCAAGGACUGCAAUAUCUAAAAACGAAAUGCCCAAUUAUACAUGCUGAUUACCCCAACUUAUGUUGGUCACCCAAAUGUAAACAAGUCAGAAAUGGUUACACAUUAUGCGCUUGCCCUGCAUAGUAUGCGGAUGAAUGUGAUACUGAUACAAUCUGGAGCAAGUAAAACGAACCAGUUCUGAAGCAGCUUCAGUGCAAUUUCUGAAACAAAAAGAUUUUACCGAUUGGGGUUCUUCUUCCAAGUAUAUUUGACAGAAUCAAAGGCCUCCACAGGUUGCCCUUCACCCCAGCUACUUUUUCUUGGUGGAUAGUGGUAGGAUUUUAUGGCUUGCAGUAGAAGUUCAUGUUUAAAAAGUGUAGACAUCUAGCAUGUUCAAUUCUAGACUUCUACUUCCUUGAUAUGAUGCAAAUGAUUUUUUUUAACAGUCAUAUGUGUAUCAUGUAUGCUUGAUUGCUUGAGAUAACAAUAACAAAUGGAUCUGCAUUACUUCCUUGGUUUUCAUUGCUCAUGGGAAUUUUAUAUGUGGAUGUCACUGAGGUUUUUAAGGUAGAAGUAUUAGAACUUCAAUCUGCACAUAUUCCUUUUUCAUUUAAUGAAAACACGGUAGGAGCCUCUCCUGCUGUUUUCCCCGGUAAAAAAGGAAAAACUUCAAUCUUCACAUUCAUGCCUGAUGGAGCAGUGACAGGACAGGAUGUUGAUUUUUCUCUUUAGUCUUCCUUUUGCAGAAUCCAUGGUUUCUUCUCAAAAUUCCUAAUUUCGUAGCGGAUAUUUAGGUCGUCCAACAUGCUACCAUUUAGAUUUACCGUCAUCUUUAAUUUGAAGGGCAAUGUCAUAACUACGGUUCACGAGUUCAGCACCGUUUUAAGGUAAUUCUUCACGAAGAUUAUUGAUCUAGAUAAGCUGAUUACUAAAGUUGCUAAGGUAGACUGAUGAAAGAGGAAUUUAAGGUCUAUGCAACUCUUUUUACUCACUACACUUGGGUUACUUCUCAUUUUGGCAGCAGCAGUUGUUUUUCUGUGAGUGAGGAUGCAUUCAUCUAUUGGUUCUAUGUUCUUUUCCAAGUUGCUUUCAGUGAAAAGGAAAAAAGUUCAUAUCAGUUAUCCGUUUGUUAUGGUGGCUUUCUGUAUUGGUAUGAUUAAAGAGCAAGCAAACAGUUCUGCACAGUAAAAAGGAGACUUCUGAAACAGUGACAUUCCUACCCUGCUUUUGGUUUAGUUUGGCCCAAGAUCGUUGUAAUUUUCCUGAAAGUGAGUUUUUCAGUAAUGUGGUAGCUUACCCAAUACCCAUAGGCCACCAUUCUAUUAUCAUUCUCCAAUUCAGUUUUACAGUGUGUACACUCUUUCAUCGGUUAUGUGUUAUUCCCUCCGAUCGGUAUUACUUGUCUCAAAUUUGCCAAAUACGGAUGUAUCUAUGUGUAAAAAGCGUCUAGAUACAUGUAAUAUUUCGACAAGUAAUUCCGGCCGGAGGGAGUAUAUCUAUUACGUGUCAUAGUAACUAGAUGAAUAAAAGCAAGAAGAGUGGGAAACGUGGAGACACUGAAUUUUGAGAAUGUUGGCUUCUUUCUGCAGGAUUGCUCCAUAGACCUUAGCUUUAGAGUAAGUUUUUGAGAUUGGAGCAAGCAGGUUUUAUUUAUCUUACUAUAUAGAGGGCGAAGUAUUUUUUUUAGUACAAUAUACCUCAUUAUUCUAAAUGAGCUAGCAUUACAACUUUGAAUCUGCUUUGUUCUUGAUGUCCAGGUUGAGAAAGUUCACGCUGGGGACGUUCAUUGUGUCGAUUGUAACGGUGACUGUCCCUUAAUUGGAUCUACGGUGACAGAAAGGCCUUCUUCUGUAUGAUCUGCCUUUGAGAUCUUUAAUUAGUUGUGAACUGAGCUUAGUCCAGGUGGCUGGUUCUCA